AUGACAACAUGGAUGUUGCGAAAGGGGAGUAGACCACAACUUUGACGCAAAUAUCUAGCCGACCGAACAAAAACAAAAUGGAAGAGCUCUCGGCACGGGAGAAUUUAUUCCAACUAUGGAUGAUCCACACGUCAAAGAAUGAUGAAAAGACUCUGGCUGAAUUUCUCCAGUUUUUCAUAGACACCUAUAAAGAUCUCAUUGACCAUGAAUUUUCUCAUCUAAUGAAGGGUAAGUUUUCAGAAGAAGGCCCACACCUCACGUGCCUCCCCGAUGGUAUUCUGGAAGUGUUUGGCAAUCAGCUGAAUAAGUGCGGGGAGAGGUUUGAGGCGUCCCAGGAUGGGGUGGUCAUUCAGCAUGCGGAGAGCAUUGUGAAAUGUCUCAUCGUUAUCUGCAGGAACUAUGACAAUGUUCCUUUAGUGGCCUCAUGUCAGUUUGUCAGCUACAUCGUUACCUUGGCAACGACUGUGAUAGAACAACUAUGUUCUGACCAAGUCACCCUAGAAGAGGGCGUUGGAGAGAUGUUCACAAGUUUUAUCCACCAUGUUUUGCAUUUCUUGGAAUGUCUCUACGAUCCUUAUUUUAUCUGGAGAAAGAGGCUGCGAGGGUGGAAAAUUGACAAGUCACGCCUGAAGUUUAGACCUGCCCUGUUACACGUAGAAGUGAUUCCAUUCUUUCAUGAAUGUUUCCAGAAAACCGGCCUGACAACAGAAAUACAGCUGAGAUUAUUACACCUGUUUGGUGCCAUCAUGUCUGGAGCUCAGCAUAAUGCCUUGAAAGCAAUCACUCCCGCUACCUUAGACGUCUUGCUCAAGAUCAUUGGUCGAAACCAAAGCCAGCGACCAACCAAUGAACAGAGGCACGACAUGCUGAGCUUGAGGGACCUGGUGUUGAGAUGUAUCGUCAGAAUGGUUCAUGUCAUACACUGUUGUAGUCCUGACCAGAGACAAGUUGAGGUGGGACAGGUGAUGGAGGGUUAUCUCCACUUGUUACUGAAUGAUGAGACAGAGGGUGCUGGUGAAGAAGAAAAUCAACAAAAGCUCAAUAUGAUUGGAACAAUCAAUGAAAUGAUGACGUGCAGGGACAAAGGAGCUCUUCAGGUCACGCUGAUCAAUGGCGGUACAUUUGAUGCCUUCGCACUCCUACAGAAGACACCAUUGACAGGCAGUGAUGCUCAAACUCUGGCCAUGUCUGUCUGGUUAAAAUUUUGCCGUUUUCAGGAAAAGUUUCGAGACAAGGUCGGCUAUACAAAAUUUGUGGACGCUCUGAAAAGUCUGGGACAACCGUCGAUGGAGCUUCUGCAGGCAGUUUUAGGACUGGUGGUGGAGGGAGACUACGAGGAAGAUUGCAUUCACAAAGUGCACAACACGGAGGCUGCGUUGAUGUUGUUACACUGGCUUCCCGACAUCCAGUCACAUCAGCUCCAAAUAUGGCUGUCUGAAAACCUCUGCAAGCUGUGUAGCCAUGGCAACCACAACCGCAUGAGCUGCUGCUCAGGAGGUCUGAUUGGAGGAAUUCUGAACGUGCUCAGUCGAGAGAAACAGAUCAACGCAACUGCUGUGUGUCAUCUGAUCAACUUGUUGGAAGCUUUGGGCAAGUAUUCCAUCACAUCAUCUGAGCUCAAACAUCUGAUUGGUCUGUUAAGGCUGGAUGAAGAGGACCAACAGAAUGCCUAUUGCUCUCGCCUGAUGAGGUCUUUGUCAACAAUGGCCAGGCGAGAUGGCAAAGACGGAGCUCUUCAGUUCAUCUAUAUUCAAGAUCCCAUGGAUGGUAUCUCACUAUGUCAGAACCUCAAGAAGUGGCCAGGGGGUGGGUUCUCCUUCCAUGGAUGGGUGUGUCUAGACACUGACAUUGACCUCACCUCUCACUGUAGUCAGGACCCUCAGCUUUACAGACGGCAGCUCUACCUGAUAACAACAGGGGCAGGCUGUGGAUUUGAAGCUUUCUUCACACCAGACUGUAACCUUGUCGUAGCCGUUUUCAACAAGAAGGAGUGCUCCUCCGUCACUGUGUCCGAUUUCCAGUUUCAAGAUCAAUGCUGGCAUUCCAUCCAAGUGGUACACUCCAGUUCCCGACGACCCUUUGCUCACAAAUUUGAAGUCUCUGUCUACAUUGAUGGCAAGCUUGUUCUCAGCAAACAGCUCAAGUUUCCCAGCUUGACUGAGCCCAAUGUUUCCUGCCGCAUUGGCUGCCCAGUCAUACGGAAUAGCUUUGACCCUGAACAACUCGUGCCUCCAAUGUCUCCGACGGCACAUGAGGGCAAGUCCUCAAAAUCACCAAUCAAGUCUUUCUUUCAAACGUCAGCGAAAUCAAUCGUUUCAAAUCACCCGGGCGUCAGCAAUAUCCCAGGGGGAACGCAAGACGACAUCUGGGGCGUGGCCAUUCCUCUGAUUGGUCAGAUCGGCUCCGUGUGUCUUUUCUGUGAACCACUGCAGGAAAAACAAGUUGAAGGUCUACAUUUGCUGGGUCCCAACCAUCAUCACCUGUUCAAACAGGACAGUGAUAUGUCUGACUUACCUGGAAAGCUUGUUCUGCAUUACGAUGCAAAGGCAUGUAAAGAUGGGCUUUGUGCUGAUUUGUCGCAUAAUGGUAACCAUGGCAAGGUUGUUGGCAAGGUGUGGGUCACAUGGGACAUAAAGGAUGUGAUAAACUCGGUAGGAGGGAUACAGGUUCUGUACCCUCUCCUGGAGCAGGUAGGUAAGGCCUCCCCUUAUAACCCUCUCUCAGGGGACAUCAAUGGGGAUGGUCCUCAGCCUAUUAUGCCUGUCACCGGCGAGGUUCAGGACGGGUGGGUCGUCAUUCCGAGCAGCUCGUAUGCAGACGCCAAAUUAGAGCAGAACCAAGUGGCGGGUUUCUUGACAAUGAUUCGUCACAUGCUACAGACGAACCCCGUCAAUCAGGACACGUUCAUCCGGACAAACGGAGCAGCAACAAUCGGCGCUCUGCUGCAACAGGUGUCACCCAAGCUUAUUGACGUGCAUGUGAUGAUGGCAGUGCAGCUGCUGGUGUUAGCGACCGCGGAGGUAAAUCAGACCAUCUUGCAGGCAUUGUACCAGUACGUGUUGUUUGACUUUCGCAUCUGGAGUAAGAGCGAGUUUCCAGUCAGAAUUGGCCACAUCCAGUAUCUGUCUACAUUCAUCAAGGAUGACAGAAAGUCGUUCCGUAAGAAGUACGGAGUACAGUAUAUCCUGGAUGUGAUUCGCUCUCACUACAGUAACAAGCCAGACAGUGACAUCUCGACAGAAGACGCUAAGACAAUCCGCGGUUCGUUACUAGGUCUGAUCAGAUACUACGUCCACAAAGACAUCACCUAUGACGAGCUCUCGCAGAUCAUUGGCUUCCUGACCAUUGUCAAAGAUGAAAGUCUGAUUGUGGAAGUGUUGGAUGUCCUAAUCGGCCUGAUGGAGAAGAAGGGGAAACAGGACCAGCUGUUUUUGCUGCUGUUUGAACCAGAAAUGUCAGAGUUGUUGUACUGCUUGCUGACAGUGCACAAGUACUCGGUUGUCCUCAGAGAAAAAGUACUCAAAGUGAUUGGCUUGCUCCUGAGGACAGACAAAGUUUAUGAAAAGAGCAAAUCUCGCCUGCGCUUAACAGACUGUGGUUACUCAGGUCUCGUCAACCUAAUGGAGGGUUGUGAGGUUUCCAUGGAGAUGAUCAAAUCUUUCCUUGAGCAGGUAUCAUUGGUUGAUACCGCCCACAGUUACAGUGCCGUCUUGUCCAUUAUACAGCUUAUCCCUCACCUGAGUAUAGACAUCAAACUGGAGGCCAGUAGACAGGUCCUUUCGCUACUUGUCAGUAAACCAUCUGCCAGUAAGACCAUGGCCAAACAGUUAAGCUGGCAGGAGGCACUGACCAGCAUGUUCAUCCUGAUGCCUACAUCAGCUAACCAAAGCACUGGUCAAGAGACGCUGACCGCUUCCAAUCCUGUACGGAGAGUGUCGAGCAGUCGCUCAAACUCAGAGUCUGAUUCCACCAUCCAGAAACCAAUCACAAUUGAUGAGGAAUCGGAUCAGAUCGAUCUUUCCAGCGACGAAGGUCCGAUGUCUGGAUUUCCACGAACGCCCUCAACACCCAUGUACCUCAGCUCAAAGACGUUCGAUUUUAUGGGUACUAAUUCGGACAUGGACGUUUUUGAUGAGGAGCGAGCACGAUCUAUGAGCAGGAGUUCAAGCGCAAGCGUAGAAGAUCUCAGCAAUGUGGGAGCGCGAAACUCCACAUCUAGUCUGUCAUUGUCGUCGUAUUCAGUCUCGGAAAGUUCCCAGGAUCCUCUAGCGGAAUUAGACGACACCAGGUACAGGCGGCCAUCCGUGGUGCAGGCAGAAAACUUUCAGAAGGCACUGGAUAAUCUGGGCAUUCAAAAAAUCUAUGUGAAUGACGCUUUGGAGAAGUCAGAGGAACUUUGUCAGAAUUUAUUGAUUAUCUUGCUGACUGUGAUGUGGAAAGGUGUGGAGGGCUCAGACAGAACUGCAUGGACGGAACGUUGCCAAGUUUUUGCGUGCCUGAACACAAUGAGUGAAAACUACGAGUUGGUGCGACCGGUGAAUCAGGUGAAGAGGCGGCUCUUAGAAAUGAUGCUUCAUUCAUGCACGUCUGAUCUCAGAGACUCAGCUCAAGCCAAUGCUGUUUGCACGGAGAACGCUAUCACUUUAACAAAGAUUGUGCACAACUUUAUCGUGGACGGUAUCGAGGAUUCCGCCAACAAGUUCAGUGACAGGUUGAUAGAAGAUGUGAUGACGCUGCUGGAUGUCUUGUGUGUAUGGGAGACAACCACGGGUACUGAGUGGACAGAAAUGGUGCACAUGGGCUGUGGGAUUCUUCUCCUAUUUGCCAAACAACAAAAUCUGGAGUUAUGUGCCGUGGCAACUGCUAAACUUCACCAGCUCAUUCAAACUCGAGUAUUUACUAGCUCCGCUGAAGCCAGCUAUCUGAUUGGAUCCCUGAACAAUGUUCUGACUCAAGCCAUGAGAGAUAACACAGACAACUACUCAUUCCUCAUACCAGUGAUGAAGGCGCUAAUAGAGCGCGCGUUCACUCUCCUGAACUUGGAGGUACAAUUACCCACUCUGCCGGCCACCACAAUGAGCCCCACUUUUUUUGACGACUUCAAGAUGUACGCGCAGAGUGAAGAGUGGACGACCUUUAUUAGCACUCAGAUCGACCCUCAGUCACAUCAUUUUCAAGCCAGUCAUUUUGACAAGGGUUUGACAGCGAUGGCGGAAUUCUGGGCAGACUGUCACGAGGCUAUGAUGGUCAACAUGCAUAAGAGGAAUCGAGAGAAAGGCGAGAGCAAACUCAAAUUCCAGAGUCAGAUCCUGGAACCUUUCAAGGCGAAGGCGACUCAGGAGCAGAAGAGGUUCCAGAACAUCAUGACUCAGCAGAGGAACCAGAACCAGGCAGUCUGCAGGCAUUGGAGGGCCACAAAGAGGUUCUUUUUUUCAGAGAGAGGACCAUGGGCAUUCAGAUUGAAUGAGAAGAAGCUACACUGGAAACUGUCCAACCAUGAAAACUUCUCACGAAUGAAAGUCAAACUUGUCCACAAUUACAACUUUGACAUCCACGAAGAAGCGAGUCGUUUACGAGACAAUCAAGAUAUCAAAGACAAACCCGACGUUGAACUUCAAAACCUCACGCUUGCGGUUUCCAAGGAAGCCAAGGUUGCUCAGGAAAAUCUGGGUGAUGAUGUCUUAGGGGAUGAAGACUGGAAUGUGAUUAGCUCUGCCAGCAAUGCCAGUGAAGAAUAUUCUGGUAAGGAAAAGUUGGUUCUGUCAGAGGAUUGUGAGCUUGUAACCUUGAUGGAGGUUGUUAAAGGUCGUCUGGAGGUCACCACUACGCACGUCUAUUUCUUUGACUGUAGCCCGAACAAAGAGGAGGGGGGUGAGGAUUUUAAGUGGGGGCUGUCCCAGCUGAGGGAGAUUCACUUCAGGAGGUACAACCUCCGUCGCAGCGCCUUGGAGAUGUUCCUGAUUGAUCAGACGAAUUACUUCAUCAAUUUCCAGAAAAAAGUUAGGAACAAGGUGUACAGUCGGAUUCUGAGUUUGCGUCCUCCAAACCUGACGUACUACGGAACUCGUUCUCCAGCCGAGCUUCUCAAGGCUUCAGGACUAACUCACAAAUGGGUUCACCGUGAGAUUUCAAACUUUGACUAUCUGAUGCAACUGAACACGAUAGCAGGACGCACGUACAAUGACCUCAGUCAGUACCCUGUGUUUCCAUGGAUUUUGAGUGACUACACAUCAGAAACACUUGACCUGAAUGACCCCCAGGUCUACCGUGACCUGUCUAAGCCAGUUGGUGUCGUGAACCCGAAAAAUGAGAAGGAGGUUCGAGAAAAGUAUGACACAUUUGAGGACCCCACAGGCAUGAUGGAGAAGUUCCACUACGGCACCCACUACUCUAACGCAGCCGGGGUGAUGCACUACAUGCUGAGGAUGGAGCCUUUCACAAGUUUACAUAUCCAGCUACAAGGGGGGAGAUUCGAUGUUGCUGACCGACAGUUCCACUCCAUCCCAAGUUCUUGGCACUCACUGAUGGAGAACCCAAAUGACGUCAAGGAAUUAAUCCCAGAGUUCUUCUACCUCCCAGAAUUCCUCAUCAACAGCAACAAUUUUGACCUUGGAAAGCUGCAAAUUACCAAACAACAAGUGGACAGUGUUGAGUUGCCAAAAUGGGCGACCUCUCCUGCAGACUUUAUUCACAAACAUAGGAAUGCCCUGGAAUCUGAGAUUGUGUCAGCAAAUCUACACAACUGGAUUGACCUGAUCUUUGGCUACAAACAGAAAGGUCCUGCAGCAGUAGAGGCUCUGAACGUCUUCUUCUACUGCACCUAUGAGGGAGCUGUGGAUCUGGAUGCUAUCACCGACGAAAAACAGAGAGCAGCUUUGGAAGGGAUGAUCAACAACUUUGGCCAGACUCCCACUCAGCUACUCAAGGAGGCCCACCCCAGGAGAAUGUCAUUUAACGAGAUGGUUCGACACACCACCAAAAUUGACCGACCAUUGAGCAUCCUUAACUUCCUUGGGGAUCUGAAGGCCUUCUUUGCUGAGGUGUCAUCAGACUUGGAUCCACUUGUGUUUGUCAGAGUUCCCAGAAGUCAACAACGCUCGAUCAUUCAACAUGGAAUGCCAGAUUCUAUGAUCACAGUAACAGGCUCAGGAAUCCUGGGAGUUCAUGGCUGGUUACCCUACGACAAGUCUAUAUCUAACUACUUCACCUUCCAGCGAGAUCCCUCAACCAUCACAAACUCAAAAACCAAGAAAAUCAUCAGCGGUCCCUUUGCCCCGGAUCUGAAGAUAGAGCCGAAGCUCUUUGUGGUUUCCCAUGAUGCAAAACUGCUGUUCAGCGGAGGCCACUGGGAUAAUAGUUUGCAGGUGUACAACAUCAGCAAAGGGAAGAAACUCGGUCACAUUGUGCGACACACAGACGUGGUGACUUGCCUGGCCCUGGACUACUGUGGACGUAACCUGAUCACAGGAUCCCGUGACACGACCUGCAUGGUCUGGCAGAUCCCACAGCAGAAAGGGGAAAGUCAAGGUUUGGAGAGCAAACCUAUGCAGAUUCUUUACGGACACGAUGCAGAGGUCACGUGUGUUCACAUGUCCAUGGAGUUAGACCUGGCCGUAUCCGCGUCUAAGGAUGGGAACGUGAUUGUUCACACUGUGCGUAAGGGUCAUUACACCAGGACGUUACGACCUCCCUGUAGCCAUGGCAACAGCCUUGAGAUCCCGAUGAUGAUGGUGUCCAACAUCGGCCAGAUGGUUAUUUACUGUAGAGAAACUGACACUCACGAUGAGAGGGAAUCAAGUGUGGUGUCGCUCAGGGACAAAUUCUCCAUUCACCUGUACUCUAUUAAUGGACAUCACCUGUUUGAGGAGCGGCUAGCCUACCCGCUCGGGGACAUGAUGAUUGCAGAGGACUAUUUGUUGCUAGGCAACAUUCAGGGUCAGCUUAUCAUCAAGGAAGUGUUCGGGUUUGCGACAGCGACCGUCCUCCCCCUACAUAUUCCCAUACAGUGCAUGUCCGUUACCAACAACAACAGCCAUAUUCUCGUCGGGUUGAAAGAUGGGAAGCUUAUCAUCGUGGGAAUGAAAGGGAAGUCUGAUUUGAGAUGAGAAAUAGCGGGAUGUCAGUUUCAAGUCCUCUAUCUGUGAUCAAAUUUCGCCAAAUGUCAGUCCUUUAAAUCAUCAAAGUAUUGAAAAAGAAUCUUUCCAAAAAAAUAUGUUUAUUAAGAACCUAAAUGUUGUUGUUGUUGUUUUCUGUCUAACAGCAGUUUAUAGAUCAGAGAUUAAGUCUUUGAUACGUGUUAUUGAAAUAUUUUUUUUUUCAAGAAACAUACUAAUUG